AGCCCCGGACUGGGACAUGGCUGUAAGAUGGAUACAUCACCAAUCAAAGAGUCACCAAUGGAAAUGAAAGUGGAAGAAGAAUCUGAUCUCAGAGAAUAUGGUCACCACGGAUCUUCUCCUACAAGAGUUCUCAGGAUACAUGAGAGGAUUCAUACUGGAGAAAAGCCCAAUCAGUGUUCAGAUUGUGGAAAGACUUUUACUCGGGCAGAAAGUCUGAAGACACAUCAGAGAACACAUACGGGAGAAAAGCCAUAUCAUUGUUCAGAUUGUGAAAAGACUUUUACCCGGGCAGAUCAUUUGAAGACACAUCAGAGAACACAUACUGGAGUAAAGCCAUAUCAUUGUUCACAUUGUGGAAAGACUUUUACUCAGGCAGGUAAUCUCAAGACCCAUCUGAUGAUCCAUACUGAAGUUAAGCCAUAUCAGUGUUCAGAUUGUGGAAAGAAUUUUACUCAGGCAGCUCAUCUCAAGACACAUCAGAUGAUCCAUACUGGAGAAAAGCCAUAUCAGUGUUCAGAUUGCGGAAAGACUUUUAUUUCAGGAACUGAUCUGAAGAGGCACCAGACAAUCCAUACUGGGGAAAAGUUUCAUCACUGUUCAGAUUGUGGAAAGACUUUUGCUCAUGCAGCUUAUCUUAAAACACAUCUGAUGAUCCAUACUGGAGAAAAGCCAUAUCAGUGUGCUACAUGUGGGAAGGGUUUCAUAACCAAGAGAGGGCUUACUCUCCAUCAGAUGAUCCAUACUGGAGAAAAGCCAUAUCAGUGUUCAGAUUGUGGAAAGACUUUUGCUCACUCAGUUCAUCUUAAGAGACAUCUGAUGAUCCAUACUGGGGAAAAGCCAUAUCAUUGUUGUACAUGUUUGAAACGUUUCAGAACCAGCAAAGAUCGCACUGUCCAUCAGAGAACACAUACGGGAGAAAAGCCAUAUCAUUGUUCAGAUUGUGGAAAGACUUUUACCCGGGCAGAUCAUUUGAAGACACAUCAGAGAACACAUACUGGAAAAAAGCCAUAUCAGUGUUCAGAUUGUGGAAAGACUUUUACUCGGGCAGAUAGUCUGAAGACACAUCAGAUGAUCCAUACUGGAGAAAAGCCAUAUCAGUGUUCAGAUUGUGGAAAGACUUUUACUCGGGCAGAUGAUCUCAAGAAACAUCAGAUGAUCCAUACUGGAGUAAAGCCAUAUCAGUGUUCAGAUUGUGGAAAGACUUUUACUCGGGCAGAUGAUCUCAAGAAACAUCAGAUGAUCCAUACUGGAGUAAAGCCAUAUCAGUGUUCAGAUUGUGGAACGACUUUUACUCGGGCAGAUAGUCUGAAGACACAUCAGAGGAUCCAUACUGGUGAGAAGCCAUAUCAUUGUUCAGAUUGUGGAAAGACUUUUCCUCAGGCACGUACUCUGAAGAGACAUCAGAUGAUCCAUACUGGAGAAAAGCCAUAUCAGUGUUCAUAUUGUGGAAAGAGUUUUACUCGGGCACAUCAUUUGAAGACACAUCUGAUGAUCCAUACUGGAGAAAAGCCAUAUCAGUGUUCAGAUUGUGGAAAGAGUUUUACUAAGGCAAGUAAUCUCAAGAAACAUCAGAUGAUCCAUACUGGAGUAAAGCCAUAUCAGUGUUCAGAUUGUGGAAAGACUUUUACUCGGGCAGAUGAUCUCAAGAAACAUCAGACGAUCCAUACUGGAGUAAAGCCAUAUCAGUGUUCAGAUUGUGGAAAGACUUUUACUCGGGCAGAUGAUCUCAAGAAACAUCAGAUGAUCCAUACUGGAGAAAAGCCAUAUCAGUGUUCAGAUUGUGGAAAGACUUUUGCUCAGACAGGUGAUCUCAAGAAACAUCAGAUGAUCCAUACUGGAUUAAAGCCAUAUCAGUGUUCAGAUUGUGGAAAGACUUUUACUCGGGCAAAUAGUCUGAAGACACAUCAGAUGAUCCAUACUGGGGAGAAGCCAUAUCAUUGUUCAGAUUGUGGAAAGAGUUUUAUUCAGGCAGGUAAUCUCAAGAUGCAUCAAAGAACACAUUCUGGAGUGAAGCCAUAUCAGUGUUCAGAUUGUGGAAAGAGUUUUAAUCAGGCAUGUGAUCUGAAGACACACCAGAGGAUCCAUACUGGUGAGAUGCAAUAUCAUUGUUCAGAUUGUGGAAAGACUUUUCCUCUGGCACGUACUCUGAAGAUACAUCAGAUGAUCCAUACUGGAGAAAAGCCAUAUCAGUGUGCUACAUGUGGAAAGGGUUUCAAAACCAGUGGAGAGCUUACUGUCCAUCAGAGAACACAUUCUAAAGUAAAGCCAUAUGAGUGCUCAGAUUGUGGAAAGACUUUUUCUUAUGUGAGUAAUCUGAAGACACACCAGAGGAUUCAUACCGGACAAAAGCAAUAUCAGUGUUCAGAUUGUGGAAAGACUUUUAUUCAGGCAGGUAAUCUCAAAACACAUCAGAUGAGCCAUACUGGACAAAAGCCAUAUCAGUGUGCAACAUGUGGAAAGGGUUUCAAAACCAGUACAGAACUUACUGUCCAUCAGAGAACACAUACUGGAGAAAAGCCAUAUAUCUGUUCAGAGUGUGGAAAGACUUAUACAUGUUUAUCUAACCUGAAGAUACAUGAGAGGAUUCAUACUGGAGAAAAGCCCAAUCAGUGUUCAGAUUGUGGACAGACUUUUGCUCGGGCAGAUUCUCUGAAGAAACAUAUGAUGAUCCAUACUGAGCAAAAGCCAUAUCGUUGUGCUACAUGUGGGAAGAGUUACAAAACCAGUAAAGAGCUGACUGUCCAUCAAAGAACACAUACUGGAGAAAAGCCAUAUCAGUGUUCAGAUUGUGGAAAGACUUUUACAAAGGCAUGUAAUUUCAAAACACAUCUGAUGAUCCAAACUGGGGAAAAGCCAUAUCAGUGUGCUACAUGUUUGAAAAGUUUCAGAACCAGCAUAGAGCGCACUGUCCAUCAGAGAACACAUACGGGAGAAAAGGCAAAUCAGUGUUCAGAUUGUGGAAAGACUUUUACUCGGGCAGAAAGUCUGAAGACACAUCAGAGAACACAUACGGGAGAAAAGCCAUAUCAUUGUUCAGAUUGUGGAAAGACUUUUACCCGGGCAGAUCAUUUGAGGACACAUCAGAGAACACAUACUGGAGUAAAGCCAUAUCAUUGUUCACAUUGUGGAAAGACCUUUACUCAGGCAGGUAAUCUCAAGACCCAUAUGAUGAUCCAUACUGAAGUUAAGCCAUAUCAGUGUUCAGAUUGUGGAAAUACUUUUACUCAGGCAGCUCAUCUCAAAAGACAUCAGAUGAUCCAUACUGGAGAAAAGCCAUAUCAGUGUUCAGAUUGUGGAAAUACUUUUAUUUCAGGAACUGAUCUGAAGAGGCACCAGAGGAUCCAUACUGGGGAAAAGUUUCAUCACUGUUCAGAUUGUGGAAAGACUUUUGCUCAUGCAGCUUAUCUUAAAACACAUCUGAUGAUCCAUACUGGAGAAAAGCCAUAUCAGUGUGCUACAUGUGGGAAGGGUUUCAUAACCAAGAGAGGGCUUACUCUCCAUCAGAUGAUCCAUACUGGAGAAAAGCCAUAUCAGUGUUCAGAUUGUGGAAAGACUUUUGCUCACUCAGUUCAUCUUAAGAGACAUCUGAUGAUCCAUACUGGGGAAAAGCCAUAUCAUUGUUCUACAUGUUUGAAACGUUUCAGAACCAGCAAAGAUCGCACUGUCCAUCAGAGAACACAUACGGGAGAAAAGCCAUAUCAUUGUUCAGAUUGUGGAAAGACUUUUACCCGGGCAGAUCAUUUGAAGACACAUCAGAGAACACAUACUGGAGUGAAGCCAUAUCAUUGUUCACAUUGUGGAAAGACUUUUACUCAGGCAGGUGAUCUCAAGAAACAUCAGAUGAUCCAUACUGGAGUAAAGCCAUAUCAGUGUUCAGAUUGUGGAAAGACUUUUACUCGGGCAGAUGAUCUCAAGAAACAUCAGAUGAUCCAUACUGGAGUAAAGCCAUAUCAGUGUUCAGAUUGUGGAAAGACUUUUACUCGGGCAGAUGAUCUCAAGAAACAUCAGAUGAUCCAUACUGGAGUAAAGCCAUAUCAGUGUUCAGAUUGUGGAACGACUUUUACUCGGGCAGAUAGUCUGAAGACACAUCAGAUGAUCCAUACUGGGGAGAAGCCAUAUCAUUGUUCAGAUUGUGGAAAGAGUUUUGCUCAGACAGGUUAUCUCAAGAUACAUCAAAGAACACAUUCUGGAGUGAAGCCAUAUCAGUGUUCAGAUUGUGGAAAGAGUUUUAAUCAGGCAUGCGAUCUGAAGACACACCAGAGGAUCCAUACUGGAGAAAAGCCAUAUCAGUGUUCAGAUUGUGGAAAGAGUUUUACUCAGGCACGUACUCUGAAGAGACAUCAGAUGAUCCAUACUGGAGAAAAGCCAUAUCAGUGUUCAGAUUGUGGAAAGAGUUUUACUCGGGCACAUCAUUUGAAGACACAUCUGAUGAUCCAUACUGGAGAAAAGCCAUAUCAGUGUUCAGAUUGUGGAAAGAGUUUUACUAAGGCAAGUAAUCUCAAGAUACAUCAGAUGAUCCAUACUGGAGAAAAGCCAUAUCAUUGUUCAGAUUGUGGAAAGAGUUUUACUAAGGCAAGUAAUCUCAAGAUACAUCAGAUGAUCCAUACUGGAGUAAAGCCAUAUCAUUGUUCAGAUUGUGGAAAGACUUUUGCUCAGACAGAUGAUCUCAAGAAACAUCAGAUGAUCCAUACUGGAGAAAAGCCAUAUCAGUGUUCAGAUUGUGGAAAGACUUUUGCUCAGACAGGUGAUCUCAAGAAACAUCAGAUGAUCCAUACUGGAUUAAAGCCAUAUCAGUGUUCAGAUUGUGGAAAGACUUUUACUCGGGCAAAUAGUCUGAAGACACAUCAGAUGAUCCAUACUGGGGAGAAGCCAUAUCAUUGUUCAGAUUGUGGAAAGAGUUUUAUUCAGGCAGGUAAUCUCAAGAUGCAUCAAAGAACACAUUCUGGAGUGAAGCCAUAUCAGUGUUCAGAUUGUGGAAAGAGUUUUAAUCAGGCAUGUGAUCUGAAGACACACCAGAGGAUCCAUACUGGUGAGAUGCAAUAUCAUUGUUCAGAUUGUGGAAAGACCUUUCCUCUGGCACGUACUCUGAAGAUACAUCAGAUGAUCCAUACUGGAGAAAAGCCAUAUCAGUGUGCUACAUGUGGAAAGGGUUUCAAAACCAGUGGAGAGCUUACUGUCCAUCAGAGAACACAUUCUAAAGUAAAGCCAUAUGAGUGCUCAGAUUGUGGAAAGACUUUUUCUUAUGUGAGUAAUCUGAAGACACACCAGAGGAUUCAUACCGGACAAAAGCAAUAUCAGUGUUCAGAUUGUGGAAAGACUUUUAUUCAGGCAGGUAAUCUCAAAACACAUCAGAUGAGCCAUACUGGACAAAAGCCAUAUCAGUGUGCAACAUGUGGAAAGGGUUUCAAAACCAGUACAGAACUUACUGUCCAUCAGAGAACACAUACUGGAGAAAAGCCAUAUAUCUGUUCAGAGUGUGGAAAGACUUAUAGAUGUUCAUCUAACCUGAAGUCACACCAGAAAACCCAUGCUCGGUAA